CGACAAUUAGACCACUACUUUCUUUUUACUCAGAACAUCCCAUUACAUUUUCAUCAACUUACAAUAAUCAUCUGUCCACAUCCGCUUCCCAACUUACACAACUUACACAGAAAAUGGCCGAUAAUAAGUCACAAGAUAAUACCGUACUCGCUUCCGGAGAGGAGACCAAGAAGGUGGACCCAGUCUCGGAGAAUACAACGCAAACGGACUCCGGCGACAACAAGACGGAGAAUGCCGCCACGUCCGAUUCCAGCUCCACUUCGCAGUCGAGACCGACCAGACAUUUGCCCACGCACUACAAGGGAAUGCCGAAGCAGUGGGAGAAGAACCGAGUUCCUAAGAAGGAUACCCAAGACUCCUAACAUUUCUUAGCGAUUGAGAGGAUAGCCACGGUGUUUUAGUGAAGCCAUAACCAUAACUAUAGUUUAUAUCAAAAUACCAAAAUAUCAAAAUAUCCAUGUAUCCCUAUUCAGUCUUCCAUAUGCCGAAAUCGUCUCAAUUGUGGCCCUUGGUGAACCAGGACUUCCUCCCUCCAGUCAAUCCGACAUGUAUUCAAUAUCCAGCCUGCGUCGACUAUACGAAGCAAAUAGUCGGAAGUCGCCUGCAACUCGGCUGAACCGAGUUCGGAACAGUUUCUGCAUAAAGCCAUUGUGAUAUUUUAUAGAAGUUGACAUGCAAGACGGGGUAAGUUUUAAGUUUUACAGAGCUUAGAAGAUGAA